GGCCUUGCGACAGCUGUAGAUAUCUCAACGGGCAUUUCAAAUCACCAGUGUAACAUGCCAUUCAACGAAACCAGGGCACGCAGCGUGUACCCUGCGACGGCUCGCCCCUUACCGCAGUGAAGCAACCCCGAUUCUGUCGGCCUUGGGGGCUGAUCAUCGUCCAUGGUAUCCGCCACAGGCACAAUGCUGGUCCCCAAGUUUAAAAUCCAGCAUUUUGUUGCAGGUGCGAUUGCAGAAUUUACGCCGAUACCAGGCAUUUUGCUUCGCUUCGCAAUCCUAAUUCCUCUUGGUCUUUGCCAGUCAGUUGCAAAGACGCACUGGAAGGCUAUAGGAAGCUACCCCAAGCUACGAGAUGCCUACAGUCUGCAAAUCCGAGCAGGCGAGCACAUGGCCUUCAAAUGGAGUCAGGUUAACUUCUGUUACCACCUGGCAGCCCUGAUACCGUCUACCUUCCUUCUUUCGCCCGUCAAUAUUAUUUUCGCUAUACCCGAUGUUGUCCUUCUUACCUAUCUCAGCCUCGCGAUCACAUCUCAAGAAAGUUACUCGCCAAAGAACAUGGACUGCCAGGACCCAACUUCACUAUCCAAUCCGGUCUUCCUGCAGGCCGCCGCAAGCCUUGGUCUCUUGAUGGACGUAGAGCGCGCCUGCGAGGAGUUCAAACAGCAGCGAAACUUUGCAGUCGUCACCUGCGCUCUUGUCGCCUCCAUGGUCUUCUUCAACAUUUGCAACUGCUUCUUCGCUUGCGUACGCCUAGGGAAAGAAGUCAACUCGUCGAAAAUAUCUCACUCGCAGCUGCCCAUCUGGAAACAGCUACUGCCGACAUUGAUGUUACCUUUUCGGGAAUUCAUGGUGCUAUGCUUUUGGAUCCUGCUCUAUGUUCCCUGUCUCACGUUUCGCCGGUUCCCAGCGUCUGUCCAGUCACGGGUCUUGUUUGCAAUGCGAUGCAGAGUGAAGUCGUUUCAGGGAAGGUUUCAACAGAGAAAACCUGCUCAGUGCGCGCAGACUGAUCACAACGGUGCAUGGAUGACCGCACUACAAGGAAAAAACACAGACGCUCCACUCGCCGAGUUCCUAUGCGUCUACGAUGUCCUGGUCAUGGUGACGACCCACCUCCACUACGUCGACAUCACCAACCUCAGCCUUGUCUCCCGACGCAUCCACAAAACCCUGCUCCCCGCAAAGGACGCACCCAGCAAUUUCCUCAGGACGUACUCGUGCAAUCCAGGCUUCAAAGCGCGCUGCUAUGUCUGCCCGAACCAGAUCUGCAACGGGUGCCUUUUCCGACGCGAGGUCAAGAAAGCACAACUCUUCUACGAUCACUUAUUCCAUUGCCUCCCUCACUGCUCAAAAUGCUAUCUCAGAACCCUUCGCGAGCCGCGGGUGGAUGUGCAUGGGCCUGCGCAGAUUGAUACAAGGCAAUGUGCGUGUCGGCAUCCCACUGCGAGCACUGUACCGCAAUUCCUCCAGCGAUUGUUUCACAGUAGCGGAAAUGAUGCUCACGGUAUUUUGGAAGAAGGCAGGACUCGAGGUGGACCACUCCUUGUCUGUCGCACCUGCAAUCAGCUCUCCGAUGCGGAGCUGGCAGCGAUUGGGACGAGGCGGCUAAAGGGCGAGAUGCGGAGUCGCGUCUUGACUCGCUCUGAUUUGAAGGGCGUUGCGGACUCGAAGUGCUGUUCUGGGUGUCGGAAGGUCCUUAGGAAGGGCGCGAGGUGGUGGAUUUGCGAGUCGUGCAACAAGGAGUGUAGGAGUCGGUUGCACAGGCUUUAGAAGACGUACACCCCUUACGUCAAUCCUACAACGGCAGAGGUAUGUGCAGGGACCAUGGCACCGGAAGCAUCCAUGAUGGUGCCAGGUCUCUAUUCGGUCCAACUCGACAUUGCGGCCGUGCUAUUGCCAGCACUGCACGGCAGACUCCACCUUGAAAAC